CGCAUCAACCCGGAGUUCAUCAAGAGUCAGUAGUCGGCAAACUCCUCCCUCCAGCAAAGUGCGCGCGUCCGCCACGACUCCACCACCAUGGCCAGCGACAUCUCCUUGGAUCCGGUGUGCCAGACGGGCGGGGAGCCGCAGGGCCGCUUCCGAAUCAGCCGCCUCACUUCGUGCGAGGAGGCGGCCGCAGCAGACGCGGACUCGCCCUCGUACGAGAGCACCCAGCAGCAGCAGCUGUACGGCACGCAGUCGAGCUCCACCUCGUCCAUGCGCACGUUCGGCCACAACACCCUGGACGCGGUGCCGCGCCUCGACUACUACUGCAACACGCAUGUGGCAGGGGCAACGCGAAAGCAGCGCCCUUCGCUCGCCGCGCUGCAUGGCCUCGAGGGGCUGGGGGUCAACUUCGGAAGGGGCGACUUCGAGAAUGCGGAGCCGACGCCGGAGGAAGAGGCGGCGGCGGAGAUCGAGGUGAAGGCGAACCUCAAGAAGAUGAAGGAGUACAAACCCGUGCGCUUCGGAUGGGUCAAGGGGGUCAUGAUCCGGUGCAUGCUCAAUAUCUGGGGUGUGAUUCUCUACCUGCGCCUUCCAUGGAUCACGGGCCAGGCAGGCAUCGGACUGACGUGGGUCAUCAUCAUCAUGUCCGUGGUGGUCACCAGCAUCACCGGCCUCUCCAUCUCCGCCAUCUCCACCAAUGGAAAGGUCAAGUCCGGUGGAACGUACUUCCUCAUCUCGCGCAGCCUGGGCCCCGAGCUGGGCGGCUCCAUCGGCCUCAUCUUCGCCUUCGCCAACGCGGUGGCGGUGGCCAUGCACACCGUGGGCUUUGCGGAGACCGUGCGCGACCUCAUGCUCGAAAACAGUGUGAUUAUCGUGGACUUCGUCAACGACAUCCGCAUCAUCGGCAUCAUCACGGUCGUCCUCCUCCUGGGCAUCUCGCUGGCCGGCAUGGAGUGGGAGGCCAAGGCCCAGGUCGUCUUCUUUUUCGUCAUCAUGGUGUCGUUCGUCAACUACAUCGUGGGCACCAUCAUCCCGGCCACCGAGGAGAAGCAGUCCAAGGGCUUCUUCAGCUACCGCUCGGACAUUUUUGCCACGAACUUUGUGCCGGCAUUCCGCGGCACCAACAACAAUUUCUUUGGGAUGUUCUCCAUCUUCUUCCCAUCGGCGACCGGCAUCCUGGCCGGAGCGAACAUCUCCGGGGAUCUCAAGAACCCGGCGGUGGCGAUUCCCAAGGGAACCAUGAUGGCCAUUUUUUGGACCACCGUCUCCUACAUAAUCAUCUCGGCAACAAUCGGCGCGUGCGUGCUGCGCGAUGCCUCCGGCGACAUGAACGACACGCUCGCCGUGCUGGGCGUGGGGGGGGAGUGCACGGGCCUCGACUGCAAGUACGGCUGGAACUUCUCGGCCUGCACGGCCACCGAGACCUGCACCUACGGCCUCUACAACCACUACCAGGCCAUGAGCCUGGUGUCCGGCUUCGCCCCGCUCAUCACGGCCGGGAUCUUCGGCGCCACGCUCUCCUCCGCCCUCGCUUGCCUCGUCAGCGCUCCCAAGGUCUUCCAGUGCCUGUGCAGGGACCAGCUGUACCCAGGCAUCAGCUUCUUUGGCCGUGGCUUCGGCAAAAACGACGAGCCCAUCCCGGGCUACGUCCUCACCUUCUUCAUCGCGGCCGGGUUCAUCCUUAUUGCUGAGCUGAACACCAUUGCGCCCAUCAUCUCCAACUUCUACCUGGCCUCCUACGCGCUCAUCAACUUCUCCUGCUUCCACGCCUCCAUCACCAACUCCCCAGGGUGGCGCCCGUCCUUCCGCUUCUACAACAAGUGGGUGGCGCUGUUCGGCGCCGUCAUCUCGGUGGUGAUCAUGUUCCUGCUUACCUGGUGGGCGGCGCUCAUCGUGGUGGGCAUCGUCGUCUUCCUCCUCGCCUACGUCACCUACAAGAAGCCAGACGUCAACUGGGGCUCCUCGGUGCAGGCGAGCUCCUACAACAUGGCGCUGGGCUACGUCGUGAGCCUCAACGCCGUGGAGGACCACAUCAAGAACUUCCGACCCCAGUGCCUCGUCCUCACCGGGCCCCCCAACUGCCGGCCGGCCCUCGUGGACUUCGUGUCGACGUUCACCAAGAACCAGAGUCUCAUGAUCUGCACCAACGUCCUGGUGGGGUCGCGCAAGGACAAGCUGCCGGAGCUGAACGCGCCGGGCCACGUCGCAUGGCUCAACAAGCGCAAAGUGAAGACGUUCUACCGGCCCGUGGUGGCCGACGACGUGCGCUCCGGAGUCCACAUCCUCAUGCAGGGUAGCGGCCUGGGCAAGAUGCGGCCAAACGUCCUCUUCAUGGGCUUCAAGAAGAACUGGCAGGUGGACCACCCUCGCAACAUGGACAACUACGUCAACAUCAUGCACGACGCGCUGGAGUUCAGCUUUGGCCUCUGCGUGCUGCGGAUGAAGGAGGGGUUGGACAUCUCCCGCAUCAAGCGAGCCCACGUGAACCACGCAUUUGACGAUGGCGAGGUCAAGGUGCAAAUGGAGAGUACAAACGGAAACUCCAUCACGAACGGGGACGAAGACUUGGCCAUGGAGGCGGAGCAGGCGAGCACCAUCUUCCAGAGCAAGCAGGAGAAGAAGACGAUUGACGUGUACUGGCUCUUCGAUGACGGCGGGCUCACCCUCCUCAUCCCCUACCUCCUGACUCGCAAGAAGCGCUGGAGAGACUGCAAGGUGCGCGUCUUCGUGGGCGGCCACAUCAUCCGGCUCGACGAAGAGCGGCGCUCCAUGGUGACUCUGCUGGAGCAGUUCCGCUUGGGAUUCAAAGAUAUCCAAAUCCUGCCUGACCUCAACCAGAAGCCAAGGCCCGAACACAUGAAGCGGUUUGAGGACAUGGUGGCUCCAUAUCAGCUCAACGAUGGAUUCAAGGAGGAGGAGGUCGUGAACGAGAUGCGGAAAGAUUGCCCCUGGAAGAUUUCCGAUGCGGAGCUGAAACAGUUCAAGGAGAAGACGACGCGCCAGGUGCGGCUGAACGAGAUCCUGCUGGACUACUCGCGGGACUCGGCCCUCGUCAUCGUGUGCAUGCCGUUGCCUCGGAAGGGCGUCUGCCCCAGCGCGCUCUACAUGGCCUGGCUGGAGACCAUCUCGCAAGACCUGCGCCCGCCCGUGCUGCUCAUGCGCGGCAACCAGGAGAACGUGCUCACCCUGUACUGCCAGUGACGGCGACGCCGCGGGGUCCUGGCGCCGCUCGCGAGCGCCGACGGGCCCGGCCGUGUCUCCCGCGUGUGUCCCCCCCACCCCCCCCCCCCCACCCCCCGCGUCGCCCCUCAUGUCCCCCCCCAAACGUCUACCUCCCUGCUUGGCAUCUCUCCCUCUCCGAGCUGUCCCCUGGCUUAGAGUGUUCCUCUCCCCGUGCAUGCCGCGUUCAGGACGUGUAAAUAGAAUGGAGCUUCUCUCAGGUAGAGUGGAGCCGCGUGACACCAAUCGCCGGUGCGACGAAGUGACGCUGCGUGGCCUCCCUGGCCCUGCCGCUUAUGAGCCGAGUGAAUCUGCGAAUCUGUGUGGUGCAUGACGGCCGCACAGCCUCCCCCCACCCCCACCCCCCCCCCACGAUGCAGGCCAUGUGCACCGACGGCUCCGUGUGAAGUGAAAAAUAGGGCGGAGGUGCAGUCCCCGUGAGAUGAUGCCACGCUGAAGCCGCAGCUCCGCUCCACGUGCAACUUUGAAGCGCAAAGCGCCGUUGGGGGAUGUUUCUUGUAUUUAGGUCGCGAAAUAGGAAUGCGCAGCCUUUACCAACGGGAGACUCGACGCUAUCGAUGCGGAGAUCCGUCACCGGCGCGUGCCUCCAAAAGCCUGCUUGCGACGAGCUCUGCCCGUGUCACCGCGUGCCUCGCUGUUCACGCUCACCGCUCGCGUGGCGCAACUCGUCGCUCACCAUGGACCACACGCUCGCCCGAAGGCGCUCGCCGUCAGCUGGCACACUCGACGCCAAGGGCACUCGCAACCCACAACUCGGCACUCACCAGACACUCACUUGACCCCCGUCGCUCGCGUGAAACUCGCCUCUCGCCGUCCACCAGACACGUGCGACGCGAAUGAAGAAACGUGCAAGGAGUGGCGCACGACGCGGCGGAACGCCAAGCGUCAGCACGACGCGGCGGAACGCCAAGCGUCAGCACGACGCGGCGUGUCGCCGGCUCGCUGCCGUCUCCCCGGGGUCUGUCCGCCCAGCGGCGAUGCAGAGCGGCACGACCACGGUGGAGCAGGCGCCCUCGCGGAGGGGGUGCGGGGAGAGGGGGGGGAGUUCGCUCGAGUGCACGAGGCGCCUCCCGUCGAACAACCGCAGGGCUGCACGUUGACCUGUUCUUGGUGCACCACACACCGUGAACACGGCGGGGCGAAUGCCGAUCCGCAGCCUGGCCGAUCAAAAACGGGGGCAAGCGCGCGUGUGUGUGUGUGUGCGAUUGCGUGUGUGUGUGUGUGCGAUUGCGCGCGCGUGUGUGUGUGUGUGCGAU